AAGUAGUCUUGGAGUUGGGCGUUGUAACCAAGUUUCUGCCUGUCGGUGUUUGAAGGAGUCAGUUUUUCUGCGAGAUGAGUUGAGCUGCGGAGGAUCGAGCUGUCUCAGCAGAGAGGACGGCAGCGGCUCAGGACGGGCCAUCCUGGAGAAGGUGCGCUCCCUGACACUAGAUGUAGCUGGGCACCCAGAACAAGAAAGGAGGAAUGUAUUGUUUAUUUUCACCUUUUCACUUUAUUCAUUUAUUGUGUUUUUUGUCUUAAAAGUUCAGUUUAUUCUAUUUAUUUAUUGUUUGAGUUUUAGAAGAUCUUGAAAACUUAUUUUGCUUAGCACGUAGCUUUCAGCAUUCGCUGAUAAAUUUGUCUUGAAUAGCUCGCUUGUGCUCUCCUUGUCACCAUGUCUCGCGCUUUGUUGGCUGGCGAUUCGAUGGUGAAAUACGUCGGUCAGUAUUUCCCGUCGCAUCAGGGCCUGGCCGUUGAGGUCAGUGCGCACAAGGGGGCAAAGAUCGAGCACUUGCUUCCAAUGAUUGUCAACAAGCUAGGAAGCUUUGACGUCAUUGUGCACGUCUGCACUAACAACACUCUCGAGAGUGUUGACGUGUACAUAGACAAGUACCGUCGCUUAGCUCGUGACAUAAUUGCAAGCAAUCCCAGGGCGCAGGUUGUGUUUUCUGCCAUUUUCCCUCGCGGGCAGAAUGAAUACCGCAUGCGGGAAGCACAGUCUGCAAAGUUGCGCCGCAUCAACGAAAGGUACAAAGAGGUGAACGCUGCACUGCAGGAGCUGUGCCAGGAGCAGGGCUUCCAUUUCAUGAAUGGCUUGGUUGAAGAUUGGGCCAGCUGCCUUGCCAGGGAUGGUGUGCUCCCGAGCCGCCACGGAAACCAGCUGUUGGCCGACUACUACUACAGGGAGGCCCGCAUCCUGGCUGCCAGUGUGGAGAGGGGCCGAAUCCAGCGCAACUACCAGGACAGGCAGUCAUCUUCCUGGAGUGGCUGGGCAGAACCACCUGCAGCACCCGUUUUUUCCAGUGCAUACCUUCCUCCUCUUGGAGCUAACUGUACUUCUCUUGCAGCUAACAAGCCAUACAGGGUGAAGACAACUCCUGGACAGGUGACCAGCCCUGCUUCCUUGCAGGCAUGCAAGACCGACCAGCUUCCUUGUGCCCUUCGGGGUUCUGGUUUUGUUCUUGUUGGCGGUGUUCGCGUUCGCAGCAAGGGCAGCAAGACCUGGUGCACCAGGGACAGCCUGCCUUCGCCCAUGACCCAUGUUUCAAGGGUACCCAGAAGGGGAAAGGCUGAGGGGAGGCUUCAAGGCCAUGUGCCUUUUGCUAAGCCAGUGAGCCUCAGCCAAGGUGCCAGCACCACUUGUUCCAGGGUCAUGGGAUGA